AUGGACAUCACUGCAUUCAGUAAGACCCGUCUCUUGGAGCAAGGCCAACUGGAGGAGGUGGGUGUCGGCUACAUCUCCUUCUGGAUCGGCCGUCCCAAGGUAGAGUGACGAGACGCGGACGUCGCCUUUGCCACCCGAAGCGACUUCGCUCGACGACUGCCCUCUCUGCCGCAGGGCAUCAACGACCGGCUGAUGAGCCUGCGCCUGCCUCUUCGGGGAUCCAACUUCGCCACCAUCAUUAGCGCCCACAGCCCAACAAUGACCGGAUCUGGCGAGGCAAGGACAAAGUCAUACGAAAACCCGCACGCCGUCCUAGCGUCUGUACCGAAGGCGGAUAAGUUUUUGGCGACCUCAACGCCCGCGUCGGCACAGAUCAUGCUGCCUGGAGAGGAAUGCCGGGUCCUCACGGAAUCGCCGGCUGCAACAACAAUGGCCUACUCCUCCUCCUGCGAACCUGUGCUGAACACCGCCUCCUGCUGA